AUGAUUCAACAAAUUCCUUUGCUUGAAUUGUUUUCUUUGACUGGGUUAGAUGAUUCAACAAAUUCCUAUGCUUAUAAAUUGUUUUCUUUGACCGGGUUAGAUGAUUCAACAAAUUCCUAUACUUACAAAUUGAUGAUUCAACAAAUUCCUUUGCUUGAAUUGUUUUCUUUGACCAGGUUAGAUGAUUCAACAAAUUCCUACACUUAUAAAUUGUUUUCUUUGACUAGAUUAGAUGAUUCAACAAAUUCCUAUGCUUACAAAUUGUUUUCUUUGACCAGGUUAGAUGAUUCAACAAAUUCCUAUACUUACAAAUUGUUUUCUUUGACCAGGUCGUAUGUUUAG